AUGCUGGCACUACGUGUCCUCCCGCCGGAGGCCAUCGCAUUCCGUCCCAGCCAGCUGCACCCCGACGAUGCAUUUGAUGAUGCAUUUGCUCCUCCCGAAUACGGCGAAUGUGACAGCUUUCCGCGGUGUUCUUCGUUUGUGUCGCAGAACACCAGAGGACUUGGAUCCCAGCUGAAGGACAGUGUUCCAGUUACUGAGCUUUCAGCAAGCGGACCUUUCGAAAGUCAUGACCUCCUUCGAAAAGGGUUUUCCUGUGUGAAAAAUGAACUUUUGCCCAGUCAUCCUCUUGAAUUAUCAGAAAAAAAUUUCCAGCUCAACCAAGAUAAAAUGAACUUUUCCACCCUGAGAAACAUCCAGGGUCUGUUCGCCCCACUAAAACUGCAGAUGGAAUUCAAGGCCGUGCAGCAGGUUCAGCGUCUUCCAUUUCUCCCAAGCUCAAACCUUUCCCUGGACAUUUUGAGGGGUAACGAUGAGACUAUUGGAUUUGAAGAUAUUCUUAAUGACCCGUCACAAAGCGAGCUGAUGGGAGAACCACACUUGAUGGUGGAGUAUAAACUCGGGUUACUGUAGCGCAGUGGCUGUCGCGAAAACGCAGGGGCCGCGGCACGUUUCUGGUCAUCGUCUCCCUGUCCCUUCACGUACGCGAUGUUAAAAGUCCUGGCGCGUGGGACUCGUUGCCUGCAUAGCAUCUGAUCAUUUGGAAUUCUUCGGAUCUUUGGUUUCUGGCCAUGUGACAGUUUGAAAGCACUGGAGAUGGUUUUAAAUCUCCUGAUUUAUUUUAAAACGAUAGCCUUCCAAAUCUUUAAAAAAAUUGUUGCUAAUAAAUACUCUAAAACCAUCCUCA